AAAACCAAAAAACUACAGUUUCCACAAAAUUAAAUAAUGGAUGAAAUAUUAGGAGUAAAUAAAUCGGUGGUUCACGAAGUAUAUAAUUCUUCAUGUCUUCAAUUACAACAAUAUUUCAUAUCACAAAACCAGAUAAAUGACGAUCAAAUUGGCGAUACCAUUGAGAUGACAACUCAACCAUUAUUUAAUACCUUAUCUAAUGCAUUGACAUGGGAUGAAAGCAAUUGUUCCGAUAUAUUAAGUCAAUUACAGGGACCGAUACUAGAGCCUGAGUUUCCAUAUUAUAUACGUACGACAGCGACCAUUGUGUGCACCAUUGUGUUAAUAAUGGGCACAACCGGUAACCUAUUGGUGCCCAUAGUUGUCAUCAAAACUAAAGAGUUGAGAAACUCGACGAAUCUAUUUCUUAUAAAUCUCAGUAUUGCUGAUCUACUCGUAUUAAUCGUUUGUAUGCCAACAGUUCUCAUUGAAUUACAUACCAAACCAGAAAUCUGGCAUUUGGGUGAAUGGAUGUGUAAAGCUGUUCCCUUUGUCGAGAUGGUUGUCGCCCAUUCAUCCAUACUUACCAUAUCUGCCAUUAGCUUUGAGAGAUAUUAUGCAAUUUGUAAACCACUAAAAGCUGGUUACAAAUGUACAAAAUUGCGAGCUUUAAUAAUAAUAGCUAUCGUUUGGAUUAUAGCUAUACUAUCGACGUCUCCCAUGUUAUACAUAACAGAGCUCUCGUUUGUUGAGUACAUUGACGGCAGUAUAGUACCAGUAUGUCUGAGCRGAGUAGAGGGUCUCAUAGAGACACUGUAUUUGUUCAUAAUUUUGGUCACAUUUUUUGCAUUACCAUUCCUCAUACUAAUAGUUUUGUAUGGAUUGAUAGCCAAAAAUUUGGUGAUGGAUUCCCGUUUGGUUAGUUCCAGUUCGGAACAGUACCAAAUGAGACUCCGCAAACAAGUGGUCUUCAUGUUAGCCGCUGUUAUGUUAAACUUUUUCAUAUGUUUGCUACCAUUCCGUAUAUUUUCGCUUUGGAUUCUUGUCGUACCAAAAGAAAAAGUCGAUGAAUUAGGAAUGGAAGGUAUGUCUGAAAAUUAAAGACAAU